AUGCCAGUUGCCGAAGGUAACCCGCAGACUCUCUACGACAAGGUCCUCCAGGCCCACGUCGUAGAUGAGAAGCUGGACGGCACUAUUCUGCUGUACAUUGCUCGGCUAACAAAGGACCUGCAGCAAGCCUUCGAGGGUCUAAAGAACGCCGGCCGCAAAGUCCGUCGCCCGGACUGCACUCUUGCGACCACCGAUCACAAUGUCCCCACAUCGUCGCGGAAAGGCAUGAAGGACAUCGGCUCCUUCAUCGCCGAGGACGAUUCCCGAAUCCAGUGCAUGACCCUUGAGGAGAACGUCAAGGACUUUGGCCUCACCUACUUCGGCCUUGGCGACAAGCGACAGGGUAUCGUCCACGUCAUCGGCCCCGAACAGGGCUUCACUCUGCCCGGCACCACCGUUGUGUGCGGUGACAGCCACACCUCGACCCACGGCGCCUUCGGUGCCCUGGCCUUCGGCAUCGGCACCAGCGAGGUCGAGCACGUCCUGGCCACCCAGUGCUUGAUCACCAAGAGGAGCAAGAACAUGCGGAUACAGGUCGACGGCGAGCUGGCCCCCGGCGUCAGCUCCAAGGACGUCGUCCUGCACGCCAUUGGCAAGAUCGGCACCGCCGGCGGCACCGGCGCCGUCAUCGAGUUCUGCGGCUCCGUCAUCCGCAGCCUCAGCAUGGAGGCCCGCAUGUCUAUCUGCAACAUGUCCAUCGAGGGUGGCGCGAGAGCCGGUAUGGUCGCCCCCGACGACAUCACCUUCGAGUACCUCAAGAACCGUCCCCUGGCCCCCAAGUACAACUCGGACGAGUGGCACCGCGCCGUCAAGUACUGGAAGUCUCUGCAGUCCGACGCCGACGCCAAGUACGACAUCGACGUCUUCAUCGACGGCAAGGACAUCAUCCCCACCGUCACCUGGGGCACGAGUCCCGAGGACGUCAUCCCCAUUACCGGCAGCGUCCCCGACCCCGAGACUUUCUCCACUGAGAACAAGAAGGCCGCCGGCCGCAGGAUGCUUGAGUACAUGGGCCUGACCCCCGGAACCCCCAUGGAAGAUAUCGUCGUCGACAAGGUCUUCAUCGGCUCCUGCACAAAUUCCCGCAUCGAGGACCUGCGCGCCGCCGCCCACGUCGUCAAGGGCAAGAAGAUCGCUGCCAACAUCAAGCGCGCCAUGGUCGUUCCUGGCUCCGGUCUCGUCAAGACCCAGGCCGAGAAGGAGGGUCUUGACAAGAUCUUUGAGAGCGCGGGCUUUGAGUGGCGCGAGGCUGGCUGCAGUAUGUGCUUGGGCAUGAACCCCGAUAUCCUUGCCGCCAAGGAGAGAUGCGCUUCCACCAGCAACCGAAACUUCGAGGGCCGCCAGGGUGCCGGAUCCCGCACCCACCUCAUGUCCCCCGUCAUGGCUGCCGCCGCCGCCAUCGUCGGCAAGCUCGCUGAUGUCCGAAAGCUUGCGGGAUACAAGGCCAGCCCUCACAUUGAGGCCGCCAUCACCCCCGACAGCGAGCCCCACGUCGACGAGCGCGUGCAGGAGAGCGACUCGGAGAAGGAAGCCAUCGCCGACCAGCCCCAGGACAACGAGCCCCACACCAACACCUCCGUCUCGGCCGGUACGUCUGCCGGGCUCCCCAAGUUCACCAACCUCAAGGGCAUCGCCGCCCCACUGGAGAUGUCCAAUGUCGACACCGACGCCAUCAUCCCCAAGCAGUUCCUGAAGACCAUCAAGCGCACUGGCCUCGGCAAGGCUCUCUUCUAUGCCUUGCGCUUUAACGAGGACGGUUCCGAGAACACCGACUUCGUUCUCAACAAGGAGCCUUACCGCAACGCCAAGAUCCUCGUCGUCACCGGCCCCAACUUUGGCUGCGGAUCCUCGAGAGAGCACGCCCCCUGGGCCCUCAACGACUUUGGCAUCCGCUGUGUCAUUGCCCCCUCGUACGCCGACAUCUUCUUCAACAACACGUUCAAGAACGGCAUGCUGCCCAUCAUCAUCUCGGACAAGGAGAAGCUCGAGAGAAUCGCCGCCGUGGCGCGCUCCGGCAACGAGGUCGAGAUCGAUCUGCCCAACCAGCUCAUCAAGGACUCGGACGGCAACACCCUCUCCACCUUCGACGUUGAGGAAUUCCGGAAGCACUGCCUCAUCAACGGCCUCGACGACAUCGGUCUGACCAUGCAGCAGAACGACAAGAUCGCUGACUACGAGCGCCGCAUGUCCCAGCUCACCCCCUGGCUCGACGGCACCGGCUACCUCAAGAGAGACCCCAAAACGGGCCGUCUCCUUGCCAAGGCCGUCCCUGUCCCCAAGACGAACCGGGGCGAGACCAAGACGGAACCCCUCGAGUGGUGA